AUUUUCGGGUUGCGCAGAAGAGAGAAAUAGAGAGAGAAAAGAGAAGGACGAAGAGAGCGUUGCGAUGUGCAGGUAAGGUUUGGCAAACGAUCGCUUCAAUUGUCAUCUUUGUAGCAAAGAAUGUGCCGGACCUGCCGGUUGAAGUGCCGCGUGGUAGCGUUCGACUUCCAGUGUCGCACCAUGUACCACGACUACCGGCACAGCUCGCGCUACCAGCGACCGAAUCUCAUCUGCUUCUUCAACCCGGGACUUCACCGUACGACCGGGUUUGCCGGGCAGGACAGCUGGCCGGUAACAAUUCGUGCCGCAACGGAGGCAGGCUGCCCAAUGCUGGUGACCGCCUACACCGAGCUCGAGUCUCCCCUCGAUCUGGACCGGCUGCAGCGUGAGUCGACGCGUGCCCUUCAGGUCGUUCAGCCACCGACGGUCAAUCCGUACGGUUCCAAGCGCCCCGAUCGUAACUUCAUUUCGGACGAUACUGCUCCGAUGAUCUUCAAGAACUACUACUACUUCAUAGUGAAAUAGAGUGCGAGAGAGAGAGAGAGAGAGAGAGAGAGAGAGAGAGAGAGAGAGAGAGAGAGAGAGAGAGAGAGAGAGAAACUACACCACAUAGGACAUAUCCGUUCUGCGCGUUCGAUAUAAUGUUCAUGGUUCACACAACUAUUGGUUUUUGGUUUUUGAAUGCUUUUAAUUUCUUCUUUUCCACUCACUUCGACGUUUCGGCCCCACUUCCCGGGGGGUCGCAACACUACACGGUCGAAGUACUUCCUUACGCGUACUUUACUAAAGUGGCACAGCGUCACGAAUCUCCACCCAGUCGUACGAUUGGCAGUUGUGAUUUCAAAAUACGAUGUGCAAAAAUAAAUAAUGUGUAUCAGUGAGUUAAUUUAA